CCGGGAGAAGCCGGAAGAGACGGGACCCUGGACAGAAUCGGGGAUAGCCAGCCCCUCCCCCGGCCCCUACGGAAAGGUGAGUCCAUGGGCCGUCCUGGCGAAAUCAAAACAGUUAGUCUGGCCGUUUCAGGUGAGGACUUCUUUCCCUAUCCAGGCACAGUACCGGCUCAAUCCCCCUUUAAUUUCCCAUGACUCCCCGCGUACUCAAGCCCCGCCUCCAGGCCCCCAGCCCCGCCCCAAAGUUUGAGGGGUGUGAAUGGUUUGUGACCCCCCUCACCGGACUCUACCCCUUAUGGGCUGGGAGAAUUGAGCUUGGCGGCCAGGAACUAGGUAGCCUUUCGCCUCGGGUGGGCCCACCGACUCCUCUCCAGCGCCGCGGGAAUAGGGCCGCCCCACGCGGAGUCUUCGCCUCAGAAAAGGCACGGUCGGGACCCCUCCUCACCGCGCGGUCAGGGUCGCCUACAGACUGAGGAGACCCCCAAAGGCCUCUGAGGCGGGAGACGUGGGGUCCUCCCCCACCCAAGAAAGUGCCCUGUGUCUGUGCCAGUCGUUUUCGCCUCUGUUCGCCGCAGUUUCCUUUUCUGUAAAUCAGGAUUGGUGACAUUAACCAUCUUACCGUUAGGGGCUAGUUGUGGGAGCGAUAAGUAAUUGCUGCCAUUUAUUGAUUGAACCAUUGCAAUGUGCCAGACACUGUGCUAAGUAUUUUGCUUCGUUGAUUUCCCGUCACCGUCAAAACACCUUAUGAGGACUUGUCAGAAGAAUUUCAGAGGUGGCAGACACGGUGCCUGCUGCAUGAUGUCUGCUGAUGGCUCCUGCAGAUGUGUCCCCUUUGGGGUGGUCUGACCAUGCUUCUGAUGAAAAAUUAAUUUUUUGGUUCUUGACAUCUGAACCUGAGUACGUGACCACGAAUGAGUGUCGACCCAGUCAGCAGCCAGGCCAUGGAGUUCUCUGAUGUCACCCUCAUUGAGGGUGUGGGUAAUGAGGUGACUGUGGUGGCAGGUGUGGUGGUGCUGAUUCUAGCCUUGGUCCUAGCUUGGCUCUCUACCUACGUAGCAGACAGCGGUAGCAACCAGCUCCUGGGCACCAUUGUGUCAGCUGGAGACACAUCCGUCCUCCACCUGGGGCAUGUGGACCAUCUAGUGGCAGGCCAAGGCACCCCAGAGCCAACCGAACUCCCCCAUCCAUCAGAGGGUAAUGACGAGAAGGCUGAAGAGGCUGGCGAAAGUGGGGGAGACUCCACAGGGGAGCCUGGAGCUGGGGGCGGUGUUGAGCCAAGCCUCGAGCAUCUGCUUGACAUCCAAGGCCUUCCCAAAAGAUACGCGGGCCCGGAAAGCAGCAGUCCAGAGGCCCCUCUGAGAUCUGAGGAUAGCGGCUGCCUCCCUCCCAGCCCCGGCCUCAUCAGUGUGCGGCUCAAAUUCCUCAAUGACACCGAGGAGCUGGCUGUGGCCAGGCCGGAGGAUACUGUGGGUGCCCUGAAGAGUAAAUACUUCCCUGGACAGGAGAGCCAGAUGAAACUCAUCUACCAGGGCCGUCUGCUGCAGGACCCAGCCCGCACACUGCGUUCCCUGAACAUUACCGACAACUGUGUGAUUCACUGCCACCGCUCACCCCCAGGGUCAGCUGUUCCAGGCCCUUCAGCCUCCCUGGCCCCCUCCUCGGCCACUGAACCCCCCAGCCUCGGCGUCAGUGUGGGCAGCCUCAUGGUGCCUGUGUUUGUGGUGCUGUUGGGUGUGGUCUGGUACUUCCGUAUCAAUUACCGCCAGUUCUUCACAGCACCUGCCACUGUCUCCCUGGUGGGGGUCACUGUCUUCUUCAGCUUCCUAGUAUUUGGGAUGUAUGGACGAUAAGGACAUAGGGAGAAAAUGAAAGGCAUGGUCUUCCUCCUUUAUGGCCUCCCCCCUUUCCUGGCCAGAGCUGGGCCCAAGGGCUUGGGAGGGAGGGAUGGAAAGGAUGUGGCAGGUCCUCCUCCAUAGGACAUAGGAGGCAGGUAAAGGACCUCCCCUUCACGUCCACAAGGGUACAGACAGCCCAUCUCUGUGCAAGCACAACUCAGGUAGAAACAAGGAUGUCCUCUUCCUUCACUUGUAGGGUCCUGAAGUUCAGAGCUGAGCUGAUGGCCCAGCUCAGUGGGGAGCCUGGGCUCCCGAG